AUGGCCCUGCCGGAGCUGCUUCAAGAUCCCGCCGUGGCCAAUUGCCUGUGGGGCUACCUUGAAGGUCCGAUCCUGGCCUGCAGCCGGCAGUGUCGAUGGUGGCAGAUAUGCCGAUGGUCCAGCAGCAAACUGGUGGCUACCAUCGAAAGACCCGGGGAGUCGUCCCUUAGAAAGUGUGCAGAAGAGUUGGAGUCCCUGCAGUGCAAAGUCACUGAUCAACUGCCAGGUCGAAUCUACUUCCACGUCCUGGGCAGCUCGGAGCUGCUAGCUGCAGCCCGCUCCGUGGAGAUGAUGGGAGUGCUGCUGCUGCGGCAUUCCGAUGAUCCACUGGGUACUUUUCUGACCUUCCCUGGAGCCUCCACCGAGAUUUGCCUCCGGAAAAUCGUCGCCGCUGUGAUGUCAGCAGAGUGGUCGAAAGCCUUGAGAUUUUGGGCUGCUUUGGUGGGUCGACCUUUGCCUCCCAAAUCGUUCAGAGUGAAAGCCAAACGCUCCACCAAAGUGGGAAAGGCUUUGGUAUCAUCCGACGCAAUAGCAGAAGAGGUGGGUGCUGCAUUGAACGAGCGCUUCAAUUGGCCCGUGGAGCUACGCAAUCCUGAUCUGGAGGUUCGAGUGCAGCUGAAUCAAGAGGAACUGUUGGUGAGCUUGACCGCCUUGGUCCAACCCUUGGGAAGUCGUGGGUGCUAUUUGACACAUCCAGGCCUCCAUCCAGCAAUUGCCUGGGUCCUGGCGCGUUGCUUGGACAUCCGCGCGAAGGACGUGGUGUUGGAUCCGCUCUGCGGUCGGGGAGUGCUUCUGUGUGAAGCUGCGCUCAACUGGCCUCAUGCAGGUAUUUUCAUUGGCUGCGACUUGGACCCUGAACAGCUUCACUUGGCUGCUGUGAACGUCAGGGGCGUCGCCAAGAUGACGCGUGGCAGGGUGCAGCUGCUCCGUGGCAAUGCGGGGUUGGUGGGAGGGUUGCCAUUGGCAGAUGCCUCCGUGGACAAGGUUUUGACGGAUCUUCCCUUUGGCAAACAAUUUGGAUCUCUGGAGGACAAUCGCUGGUUGUACCCGCGGGUCUUGAUGGAGUUGGCGCGGGUGCUACGUGUUGGCGGCCGCGCGGUGCUGUUGACCAACCAACAGAAUCGUCAGGCCAUGCAGGAGGCGCUGAGUGACAGCUGGGUGGUGGAACACCGGAGGAGUUUCCGACUCUUUGUGAAGAUGGACGCCUGUAUCUAUGUCCUGCGGAGGGGCGGCAGUCCAGGCGGCUCCUCUGGGUUGGAUGGUUAUGGCGGUCCUGUCAAAUUUGGUGGAGCCACAGGGCUCUUUGCGUGGGAAGAUGGUUCAACUUGGCAUGAGCAGUGGGCUAAACAUCGCCCUGCGCUGGUGCCAUUUGGCCAAAGUCAAAGCGCGACAAACAUGGGGCAGCUGAGGGUAUCCCAAAGAGUUCGUAGCCACGUCGAUGGAGCCAUCAAGGACAUCCUGGACAAGCUUCCAGAAAAGUGUCCCUUCCAUCCACAAAGAGAUUUGUUGGCACAGGGAAAUCAACAGUCAUCUGGGCAAUCAGUGUGCUUGGCUGACUACUGCGAUAUCUUCGGAGCCUGCGCUGAUCCGCUGGACGUGCCCUGCGAUGCUUCGAAGCUGCAGCAGCAGAAGAAUCGCUGUGAGAAGCUGCUGCUGCAGUGUUUCCCUCCAGGUGCUGAAGACCAGCAGAUCCGUCGCUGGCACUCGCACUACUCAAGGAAGUGGUGCAAAGAGUUGGAUUGUGACGUUCGAAACCACCGAGAGGAGGAGGAAUUGAGGGCCCUCACGAAAAUCUCACCCUUGCUGGCGAUGAUUUCCUUCAUGUGCUUAGCGGCUUUUGCUGUGAUGCUUCUUCUAAUCGGAGGAACCGAUGAUCUGAUUUUCUUCAUUUACGAGUGUGGCUUCAUCCCGCACAGUUUGAUGCGAAGCUGGGUGAACACACGGGAUGGUUUGCGAAAAUACGCAGGCCUUCCAAUCUCCCACAUUUCCUAA